CAGAUUAAAGAGCUUCAGAGAUGAUACAUUUCUGCAUCAUACUUAUAUUUCUUUUUGAAAUAUAUCAUGUGACAGCCGUUUAUAAAUCCACAUUUAUAAAUCAGGACAGAAGAGUCAUAAUGGCUGAAGUUGGGGACAAUGUGACUUUGCCAUGCUUCUUUGAAGAUGCCACGGUAUUGUACCUCUCCUGGUACCAGCAAACUUUGGGAGAAAGACCUUAUGUAAUAUUAAAUGUCAUGAAGAACCAUUACCAAGUGACAUAUGCCCGCGAGUCUGAGCAUCGACUUCGUUUCUCAAUACAGCAGAGAGAAGGUGUCAACAAUCUCACAAUCACCAACCUUCAUUUGUCAGAUUCAGCUAUAUAUUACUGUGGAACAUCAGGGAUUGACAUCACUGGACUUGGACAAGGGACUGUCCUUUAUGUCAGAAGUUCAAAGGCUAGUAUCCAAACUAUUGUCUCUCAGCCAGCGUCUGAGUCGGUUCAGACAGGAGACUCUGUGAACCUCACCUGUACAAUUCCUGCUGAUCUAUGUAUCGAAGAAUACAGAGUUUACUGGUACAGGCAUGAUGGAUCUAAGAAUCCAGUUGUUUAUCCCAGUAUUGAGCAAUAUAAAAACCUUGCUCUAGCUGAAUCUCUGAUGUCAAGCUAUCUAUCGCUGAAGAAUAUGAGCUAUUCUGAUACUGGAACCUACUACUGUGCUGUGGUCUUGCAUGGGGAGUUACUGUUUGGCAACGGAACAAAAGUGGAUGUUGCAGAUUUGAACCCAGCACCUCUUCUCCUGCUGUACUGUCUGAUUCCAGCAACAGCAGUUUCCAUCAUCCUGAUCUUUAUCUUGGCUUAUUCAAUGCACAAGCUGAACAAGAGGAUAUGCUCUGGGUGCAAAAAAAACUACUCGUCGAGCUUCUGACUCUGUGGGCCAAGAUGCAGACAAUCUUCAUUAAGCAGCAGUACAGCUGAGCCAGAAAAGGUUAAGAAGACACAGGGACAAAAUGGAGGAUGUUGUUUUGUACUCUGGAAUUAAAAGAACUGAGAAGAGUAGAAAUGUAUUCUCACCUACUGUUGUCUAAGAUUUGUCUUUUAAUAAAGCAGUGCAAUUGUUAUUAGC